CAGCCACAGGCCCCUCACAUGAUGGGAGUGUGAUUGCUUGGGCCCCAGCACCAGGCUGCGAGCAGGAUGGCGCUGAGCACAGCAUGGCUCUCCCGGCCCCAUAAGGCAGCUGGCAGCGGGGAGAGCACCCGGCUGCUGCCCCAGGCAUCCAAGCUGGUGGAGCUGCCCUACUCUUCCUCCGAUGACGAUGAUGGCUCACUGGCUGGGGACGUGGACCUUCCCACAGCCGAGCAGGACCCUGGAGCAUGGUGCCUCUUCCUCCCCACACCGGGCACGUUCAGCCAGUGUGUGCGGUACCUGGCCUUUCUCUGGAACCUCCUCUUCUUCCUGCUGGGUCUGCUGGCCCUAGCUGUGGGGGUGUGGGGGCUACUGGCCAAGGGCUUCCUUGGGGGGGAGCGUCUGGCCUUGCUGGGCUCCGACCCCAUGCUGCUUUUCCUGCUGGUGGGGCUGGGGGCCAGCACGGUCUCCCUGGCUGGCUGCCUGGGCGCUCUUCGCUCCAGCCCCUGCCUGUUGCGCUUCUUUGUUGGGGCCGUGCUCGCCUUUGUGGGGCUGGAGGUGCUGGGUGGGCUGCUGCUGCUGGCGGCGCGGCACCGGCUGCGGGAUGCCCUGCGGGACGCCCUGCUUCUCUGCCUCCUGCGCUACCAGGAGGAGCCCGACCUGCGGUUCCUGGUGGAUGAGAUGCAGCGGAGCCUGCAGUGCUGUGGUCUUGGCUCCUACCGCGACUGGGAGACUAACCCGUAUUUCAACUGCAGUGCCCCGGGAGUGCAAGCAUGUAGCGUCCCUGCCUCCUGCUGCCUGGACCCCUGGCAGAAUGGCACUGUUGCCAACGACCAGUGUGCCUUUGGGGCCCUGCGCUUGGGGGACGUGGCAGCCAGCACCAUCGUGCACCUGGGGGGCUGCAUGGCACAGCUCAGUGCCUGGCUCCGUGGCCAGGCAGGCAGCAUCAUGACCGGCGCAGCUGUGCUGGUGCUGGUUGAGGCCACUGGUGUACUCAUGGCGCUGAAGAUGCUUAGAGACAUCACGCCCGUCGAGGUGCGGGAUUGAGGGUGUGCUGGGAUGCCACCAGG